AUGACCGCGGCAGAGGAGAAGCGACGAGACGCGCUCGACAAGCUCAAGCGCCGAGCAGCCGGCUCGACCCCCGGCGGCCCAACCCGCCCAAUAGUCAUCGACUCGGCGACGCCGUCACCAGACCCGGCGCGCGUGCUCGUCCCCGCCUCCAGCUCGCCGGUGCACUCGCCAGCAGCGCAGGGAAUGGGGCGCACGCAGAUCCCCUCGUCGAAUCUCGGCCGCCUUGUUACGAGUCCGGUGAAGAAGAGUCUGGGAGAGUACUCGCCAUCCUCCCCUCAGCCUCUCAGCAGGCUUAAGAGGAGAGCAGACCCGGACGCUUCGCCGACCAAGGCGGCACCUGCCUCGCUCCCCGCCUCUGCUAGCACUUCACGCUCCACCUCCGGUACCGCUUCGCGCUCCGCCUCCGCUACUGCGUCGGCAUCGAAACCCGCGCUUCCCCGCAAGGGACCGCCGAAACUCGUCGCCGCCGCGCGAGACCAGCACAACGCCGACGUUGAAGCGCGCAUUCAGAAACUGAUAGGGCAGUAUCCGAAAGCGAACCGGGCCGAGGUGCACCAGGCGAUCCAGCGGAAUCCGAAUAACCCGGAAGAAAUCCUGGACCAGGUGCGGGAAGCCCACGAGCGCGGCAUCACCACCGAGCGGCAGGCGCAGAACAGCGCUGUUGUCUCGAGCAAGCUCAAAACCUUUACAUAUGUGCCGACACCGUCGCCGUCGACUCCCUCUUCGAGCCAGCCGGCGUCGCCCUUCGUGUCGUCCGCUUCGGCCCGCCCGCGGGUGAGCACCACGAUCGAGUCGCCCAAGAAGAAGCGCAGGAACGAAAAUUCGACCAUCUACGCCAAGCGCGCCAAGGGCGACAAGCCGAAGCGGGACGCGGACGAGGAGAGCGCCGCCGAGAGUGGGGCAGAGAGCGAUGGCUCGGACGCAUGGAGCGGGGAGGACACGCGUGUGCGUAAGAAGAAGCGGACAAUCGAGGACGACGACGACGAGAUUGACGCCGAGGGUGCGGCCCUGCGCGGGUUCAACGAGGACAGCGUCGAGACGCUCACGGGCACGAUUGCGUGCAGCGAGGAACAGGCCAACAAGAUCAUCUCGCUGCGGCCGUACGCCGACGCGGACGAAGUGGCCGCCAAGCUGCGCAAGGCGCGCGGCGUGUCGUUCAAGCUCUUUGAGCAGUAUGUCGACAUCAUGGAGGGAUAUGUCCAGAUCGACAGCUGUCUGAACCGCUGCGAGAGCAUCGCGGACGAGAUCGCCAACACGCUCUCGGUGUGGAAGGGCGCGUCGACUGCCAGCGACUCGGUCACGGGCACGCCGUCCAACCUGAACGACGUCAAGGUCGACGUGGCCAAGGUGUCCGAGCUACUCCUCAGCGAGACGAACACGCACAAGCGCAAGAUUCUCGCCUCAUACAUCCGCCAGCAGCCGUCGCUGCUCUCCGAUGGCACGGUCCUCAAGGACUACCAGCUGCUUGGCGUCAACUGGCUCAAUCUGCUCUACAGCCGCAAGAUUGGGUGUAUCCUCGCCGACGAGAUGGGUCUCGGCAAGACGAUCCAGGUCAUUGCCUUCCUCGCGCACCUGAAGGAGCGCGGCAUCCACGGCCCUCACAUGAUCUUUGUGCCCGCGUCGACACUCGAGAACUGGACGCGCGAGUUUGAGCGCUUCGCCCCCGACAUCAACGUCGACACGUAUUAUGGCUCGCAGGCUGAGCGCGUCGAGCUCCGGUCAGAGCUCAAGCACAAGUUCCGCGCGGGCAAACUUGAAGUUGUGCUCGCAUCCUACACACAGGUGACGAGCCAUGACGACCUGUCCUUCUUCAAGAAGAAGAUUGACUUCAAGACGUGCGUCUACGACGAGGCGCACAUGCUCAAGAACUUUGUGUCGAAGCGGUACACCGACCUGCUCUCGAUCAAGCCGCAGUGGCGCCUCCUCCUGACGGGUACGCCUGUGCAGAACAAUCUGCAAGAACUCGUGUCGCUGCUCAUGUUCAUUCACCGUUCUGUCUUUGCCGAGGCCGAGCCCCACCUCCGCGCCAUCUUCAAGGUGCAGAGUGGUGGCGGGGGGGCCGCGGGCGCCAAGGCGAGCAUGUUAAGCCAGAACCGCGUUUCGCGCGCCCGCACCAUGCUCACGCCCUUUGUUCUGCGACGACGCAAAGCGCACGUCCUCACGCUCCCGCCCAAGAUUGAGACGACCGAGGAGUGCGAAAUGACCCCGACACAGGCCAAGCUCUACCGCGACACGCUGCUUAGGAGCCGCAAGGCGAUCGCGUCGAUGAGCGAGGAGGCGCUCGAGGCGGCUGCCGACGGCGACGUCGAUGAGGACGGAAAGCCCAAAGCCACAAAGGGCAAGAAGAAGGCUGCGUCGGCGCCCAAGGACCAGUCGUCGUCCAACAUUCUGAUGGAGCUGCGCAAGGCCGCCUCCCACCCCCUCCUCUUCCGCCGGAUCUACACGAUGCCCAAGCUGAAGCAGAUCGCCCGUGCGUGUCUGAACACGCCGACGUGGUGCGACUCCAAUUUCGACUAUGUCGUCGAGGACCUCGAGGUGAUGACGGACGCGGAGAUCCACAACUUUGUCAAGGAGCACGAGGAGCUGGCGCAUUUCGCGCUCGACGAAAAGGAGUUCCUCGAGGGCGGCAAGAUGGCCGCGCUUCUCCGGAUCAUCGAGCGUUGCGAGGCAGAGGGCAAGCGUCUCCUGCUCUUCUCGCAGUUUACGAUGAUCCUCAACAUUCUCGAGGUCGCGCUCACGUCCAAGGGCGUCAAGUAUGUGCGGUUGGACGGGCAGACGCGCACGGAUGAGCGCCAGGGCAUUGUCGACGAGUUUAACGAGGACCCCUCUAUUCCCGUCUUCUUACUCUCCACCAAGGCCGGCGGUGUGGGCAUCAACCUGACUGCUGCGUCUGUCGUGGUCAUUUUCGACCAAGACUUCAACCCGCACAACGACAAGCAGGCCGCAGACCGCGCGUACCGUAUCGGCCAAGAGCGGCCCGUGGAGGUCAUCAAGCUCCUGUCCAAGGGAAGCAUUGACGAGGACAUUGCAGCGAUCGGCCAGACCAAGCUGCAGCUCGACGACAUGGUCGGCGGCGACGGCGUGGCCACUGGCGCAGGCACGCCGGCGACGGACGCGAGCGAGGACAAGACGGCGGCCGAGGUUAAGAAGUCGCUCCUCAAGACGCUUCGGACCAAGUUUGAGGCCGAGGGUGACGCGGCCGGCGCGGAGGGCACGCCAGAGGUCGAGAUGGACGAGGACGUCGUUAAGCAAAAUGUACUGGUACCUGUCCUUCCUGCGUCCUCCGCCGGUGGCGACGCCGCUCGGCGAACCUGUCGUGAUCACGCCGCAGGUCGCGAACGACCUGCGAACGGAUCGCCCACCGAAGUACUCUACACCUGGCACCGUCUUCAUCCGCCCUCCCAGCCCCUCCCCUCUCAGGUGCUGACGACCUUCGAACCCCCAAUGAGCACGUACAAGCCCAUCUCGGUCCCGCUGCCGAAGGGCGCGAAGGUCGGUGAACUGUGGAGAUUGGGCCUGCUCGCGCCGCCGGCGCAGGGCCCGAGCUCGAUCCCGCUCGAGAGGCUGCUGGCCGAUCCGGGCGUGCUGGGUGUGUGGAGUGAGGGCAUCGAACUACUUCCCGCGGCCGCGCCUGAUCCGAAGGCGGCGAAGGGGAAGGGGAAGAAGGGAGACAAGGGCGACAAGGGCAAGGGCAAGGCGAAAGAGGCCCCGAAGCAGAGCCGCAUCACGCGCUCCUGGCCCACAGCCUAUGGCGCACUGAAAGUCGUCGAGCAGACGAGUUUUGAUCUGGAUAAAGUGAGCUUUGGACGUUCUAGCACAGCUGAUGAACAGAAAGUGUGGGACUCUGGCCUGGCGCUGAGUGCUUGGCUCGGCCGCUAUCUCUCCACUUCACACCCACACACCCUCGCCCGACGAGUACUCGAUCUCAUCCCCGGGAACAGCAUUCUGGAGCUCGGCAGCGGGACGGGUCUCGUCAGUAUAGCGCUGUCGCCGCUAGCGCCCUCGGCGAGGAUAACGGCGACGGAUCUUGACUCCGCCAUGGAAAUCAUGCAGCAGAACAUAGACUUGAACGGGGUCGAUGUCGCUGCAAAGGUGCUCGAUUGGGACGCGCCGAUGCCCCCCUGGGUUGAGAGUGAUUGGCCCUCGCUCGUCUUGUAA